AUGCCCGUGGGAACAGCAUCUGACCGGGGUUUCAGAAACAGCGACUGGUGCAGCCGCUGCGUGGUCAGAAACCAGCUGACUGUGGUGAAGCAGCAGCUGACUGGGGUGCAGCAGCAGCUGCCCAUGCUUUUCUUUCAGCCUAGUGUGUAUGACCUUCCUGGAGCUUUAUCAACACUGUUGUGCUAUCGUGACCUUGGAGUAACACAAGGUCGAGAGGUGCUCAGAGCUAGUGCCCGCAUUUUCCUAAAUGAACGUAACAGCCCCCCACUGCUUUUGCAUCCUGAGGGUGCAACCACCAGUGGAAAUUUGGCAUUAAUGAAAUAUGGCACAUGGGCUUUUGAGUUAAAUGGCUCAGUGUUAGUAGCAGGGCUUCAUGUGUGGCGUCUCCCACUCCUUCCUGUGGCGCCCUCAGUUCUAGGGGCCUCCUGGGCCGCAGACUUAUGUUUCAUGCUGUUUUCACCGGUCACACUAUUCACUAUAAGGUACAUUGGAAAACUGGAAAGAGGAGAAAGUGAAACAGUUGAGGAAUUUGCUGGCAGAGUCCAAAUUGCUACAGCAGUUGCACUCGGAGUUAAGACCUCUAAUCACACAGUUGCUGACAAGGUGGAAUACAUGAAGCGACUUGCCAGAGAGGCAGCAGCAGCGGCAAAUCCCAUGUUGAAUCCUGAAGUGCACAGAAUGGCCCAACAGGUACAAGAAGUAUUGCCACAUAUUUCCCUUGAACAAAUUAAGAGAGAUUUAGUUCACACUCAGAAUGUUGACCUAACGAUCACCAACUUUUUGGAGGGCAAUGUGCCAGAACCAACACCAGAAUCACGGCCCAUCACUCCAAGUCAAGCUCAUCCAGGCCCGAGUGUUCAGCUUCUGGAAACAGGCAGCUCCACUCCUGUUAUUAAUCAGUCUCAAAGUCCAUCCCACAUUUCAAAUAUUUCUAAGACAACUUCAAAAUGUGAUAGCCCUCCAGGAGGAAUAUCUAAACCCUCAGUAGCAUUGAGUACAGCAGCAAAAUCAUUUGGAAAAUCAGCUUCAGAAAGAAUGACAUCUUUUGAGAGUAGAAAAGCACAGUUGAUAGAAAAUGCUAGGAGAAAAUAUAUUGAAAAGCAUGGGCUACAAGUACCUGGCUAUAAUUGCUGACAAAUUGUGAAAUAACUAAUCUGCUUUAUGGAAUUCAGUUUUAUCAGCUCAUUUUGUGUAUAGCUGCUCUUGAAAAGGGUUUGGUUGUACAAUAGAAUUAUCUGUUGAUAAAUACAGUACAUAAAAGUAUAACAAGGGACAAUUUACUAUUUCAACAUUUUCUCAAAGCCAGUUGGUGCACUUUGAGGAUGCCCCACAGGAAAUACAUAAAAGCUAUUGUUAACCAAGAUGGCAUGUGGUACGUCUGAUGACAAAAUUGGAGAUAACCAAGAUUGAUUGGUAAUCUCAAACAAUUUGAAAAACCAUUUAAUGUUUGGGUCAUUAAUGUUUAUAUUCAUUACAGUAUUCUUCAAGUUUGGUAAUUGAAGAUAAUUGUCAGGGUGCAGGGCAAUUUUUACAAAAUACUUUUUAAAGUUCAGUGGCAGUUUGAAACACAAAGCAGUCUGUUAGUAUUCUCAGAAGUUAUUGGCUGGUUUUGUCUUCAGUUUCCUACUUUAUACCCUGCUAUACCAUGGCCUGGAAUACAGUAUUUGAUUACUGUCUCAACUAUAAUUGUUGUAUUUUUCAUAAACAUCUAAUUUUAUAAUUCUUUUACAUUUAUGCUUGAAACACACA